ACUCUACCAGUCACAAGUAACCAUCGUUAAUGAGUGCUCUGCUAAGAAGCAUAACUUACAGAGAAGCUAACAAGUUCUAAGGGAGAGGGAAAUAAACACAGACAUCUUUGAGCAGCUCGUCCUUUAAGUAUGGCAAGAUCCAGACCUUUUAGUCUCACUUCGGUGAUCUCCAAAACAGGGACCUUGUUUUUGCCACUAUUCCAGUUGGUGCUCUCGGACCCACCAUGUGAAGACAGUGAAAUGUGCAUAAAUUAUAAAGAUCAAUACCCAGAUGACUGGUAUAUCUGGCUCCUGCUACUGAUUUUUCUGAUGGCCCUGCUCUGUGGAACAGUGCUCUGCUGCCUCCAUUGCUGGCUGAGGAGAUGCCGAAUUAGUUGCGCAAGACGCACCAUGGCUGUUUUCGCUGUUGGAGACUUGGGCCCUGUGUAUGAGACAGAAGCAGCUGUGGAUUCAACUGUUGGGAUUCACCUUCAAACUCAAAACCCUGAAUUGUGCCCUGUUCCAUGUUUCAGCAACUUAGGCCCCCCACCUCCAUAUGAAGAAAUUCUGAAAUCAAGCCGAUUUUAGAUCUGGAUCAUCAACUGAAAAGAUUUUUUAAGUUCAAAACAUCAAAUUUUGGAACAAUUUUUUCAUUUAGUGGGAAUUCUCAAGGAUCAAUUAAUGGAGCCUGCAUAACGACAAAUAGAGAAGACUAAGCCUAAGGAAAGGGUUUGGGUCAGGAAGAUGUUUCAGUAGUACGUUAGUGGUUAAGCAUUGCUGUGUUAUACUUUUGUGCUAUAGGGCUAAGUUAAUGCCUUUCCAUCAGUACUCAUAUAGACAGUCAUUAAUAGGCAGAGUGGUCUCAAUUAAGUUUAUGAUUCUAUUCCAGCACACAUCACCACUAUCUCUGCCUCGAUAUUUCCAUUGUAGUCUGAACUCUCCCCUAAUACGGAGUCAAUGAAAACUAUCAUAAUUUAGCAAUGAUCCAAACAGAGACUCAGACUUGACCAGAACUAGAACCAGAAAGAGAAAAACAAAAAGUUGCAUUAAUUCCUCAAAAAUGGUUAAGCCUUGAAUAAUGCCAAUAAUUAAUAUGAAAUUUUAAAGUGGGUGUUACUCAUAUUGACAAGCUAGACAGAGGGGGAAGUGUGUAUGAAAGAGGGUGGCAGGAUAGAAUAAGAAAGCUAAAUCCUCAUCUCAGAUUGUGGGAAGUCAAUGAAUAAUAUCUAAAAUUAAAAGAAAAAGUAAGAAAUAUUGGUAAAGUACAUCAUUUGGAAAUUAGGUCACAAAUGUCUGAAGUGAAACACUAAAGAGUUGAAAAUGAUUGUCUCAGGCUGGCUGAGUGGCAUGAGAGAGCUGGCUUGGGACGCCAGAGGGCCCGGGUUCGGAUCCCACAUAUGAGAGCCAGUGACACUGCCCUUUACAAAGAAAAAAAAAAAAAAGAAAAUGAUUGUCUCAAGAAAUAAGACUUAGAGAUAAUGCUAUGUGGGGUUAGGUAGAGCAGUAUAGUUCUUGUUUUUAUCGUGUCUGUAGUAGUAUUGGACUUUUAAAACUAGAUGCAUGCAUUACUUUAAUAAAAAGAAAUAUAAAGUUAAA